AUGUCUCCAAAAGCAAAACAAACGACAAAACAACCCAGCGUAGAUAUUUCAAUUUCAGAAUCCGUGAGAGAAGCUAAUAAAAUCUCGAUCGGUAAUCAAGAAAAUUUGAUUGGUCUAGAAACUUUAGAAGUUCAAAUUAUGGUUAAAGCUAUUAUUAAAGAAUUUGCUGAUAUCAAAACUACUUUAACUCUUCGUGAAUUAUGGACACCUUCUACCCAAACUAGAGCGAAAGGUACACCCCGACCUCAAAAUGCAUUCAUGUUACAUCGAAAAGAUGUAUCCAAAGAAUUUUGUCGAGCUCGUCAAUCUUUAUCAGUUUGUGAUUCAUCGAUUAUUGCAUCAAAACACAAAAACCCAUUAAAACCUCAACAACCGAAACAACAAUAUCAACAAUUACGACAAGAGCAACAACUGCAACAACUGCAACAACCACAAUGGCUACAAAUAGAAAUUUACGCCGAGAACAAAUUUCACCUUAUUCCUUAA